UCAUUUCCACGACACUGCUAUCUCAACAACAAGCCGGGUACAGUCUGUUACGUUACACAGCAGCGUGGGGUAGCCCUCGUCCAGCUGGAGGUCGGCCGACCAAGGCGGGUCUGAUUCGCUUACUUGAAGACCCCUGGUAGAUAUGAUUUACGAAAUCAAUACUGAAGACAUCAACUUGGACUGGCGGACGAUCAAGUCACGCCACUCACGUGGGACCUCGUUGUUUACCGAUCUCGUCGUCCUUACUAUCUUGAAGAACGGAUCUUCUGGUUUACUAACUUCUUAUCGGAAGUUGAAGACGAGCCAUAGGCCAAGAUUAACCACCUCGACCUGUCGAGGAGAACGUGCUUGCGCCCAGCCAUUGGCCGAAGGAAAGCGCCCAUCGAGAGGAAUUUUUUGAGCAUCAUUCCAUUUGUUCAUCGUUGCUCUUUCAAUUCUUGUCGGGCAUCAUGGCACUAUACCGGAUCGGCGUCGACGUGGGCGGCACCAACACCGACGCGGCCAUCUUGGACAUCACAGCCGCGGACGCCCCUGGACGUGGCGUCCUCGCCUCUCACAAAGCUUCAACGACCCCUGACAUCACCAGCGGCAUUGAGGCAGCCAUCCGUGCCGUCCUUGCGAGCUCCGCGGUCGAACAGAGAAGGGUCCUCAGCGUCACCAUAGGCACAACUCACUUCAUCAACGCGUUGGUGGAGGCCGAUACGCGGAGACUCAGCCGCGUCGCUGUGGUUCGUCUUUGCGGCCCCUUCACAAGGCAGAUCCCUCCGUUCUCGGAUUUUCCCUCUGGGCUGCAUAGGAUCCUUGAUGGGGGCGUCUAUUAUCUCGACGGGGGCUUGGAAAUCGACGGUCGGGAGAUUGCACCCCUCAACCAUGCGCAAAUCAGGCAAGCAGCGCGGGGCAUCGUGGCCUCUGGUGUGCAAUCUGUCGCUCUUGUCGGAGUCUUCGCGCCGCUGGACCACGCUGGGGUUCACGAAGAAACAUGCAAGAAGAUUAUCCUGGAAGAAGCGCCCGAGCUCGACGUCGUUUGUUCCCACGACAUCGGCCCUCCGGGCCUCUUGGAGCGUGAAAACGCCACCGUCCUCAACGCGGCGAUCCUCAAGACGGCACGAAAGGCCACGCGAGGCUUCAAAACGGCGACGGCACGUCUCGGACUAUUCUGCCCUCUCUAUCUCUCCCAGAACGACGGCACUCUCAUCGACGCCGACACGGCUGCCGAGUACCCGAUCAAGACCUUCGCUAGCGGCCCAACAAACAGCAUGACCGGUGCCGCAUUCCUCGCUGGCCUGGGUCAAGUGAAGGCCAUGAAAGCGGACCCGGCAGAGCCCUCGACUGACACGGCGGAACCGCAAGUGCUUGUCAUGGAUAUCGGUGGCACGACAACUGACGUCUGUGCUUUGCUACCGUCAGGUUUUCCUCGCCAGGCUCCUGGCUUCGUUGAGGUCGGCGGCGUGAGGACGGCAUUUUCCAUGCCUGAGGUCGUGUCCAUUGGCCUUGGUGGCGGUAGCAAGGUGGAAGCGGCUUCGGAGUUUGGCGAAGUCACGGUCGGGCCCGCGUCGGUUGGGCACUUUCUGACUGAACAGGCGCGGGUCUUUGGUGGCCCCACGCUGACAGCGACCGAUAUCGCCGUCGCCUCUGGCAAAGCCCAGCUAGGAGACCCGAGCCUCAUCAAGGAUGUACCUAGCUCAACGGUCGGAAUCGCUCGUCGGAAGAUCAAGCAGAUGCUCGAGGGUGUUGUAGAGCAGAUGAAGGUCUCCGCUGCCCCGGUCCACGUGCUUCUUGUGGGCGGCGGCGCCCUCCUCUUCACAGAGGACUUGGACGGCGUUGAGAAGUGUACGCAGCCAAUCCACCAUGGAGCUGCGAAUGCUGUUGGCGCGGCGAUUGGCAGAAUCUCUGGCGAGGUUGAUGUGAUGGAGAUUCUGGAGGGCCGUGACGAAAAAGCAGUGGUCGCAGCUACUUGCCAGAAGGCAGUUGACCUGGCUAUCCAGAAGGGCGCAGCGGCCGAGGACGUCCGUGUUGUGGAGGUGAACAAGAUGCCGCUUCAAUACGUUGACAACGGAGCCAUGAGGAUACAGAUCAGGGCGGUCGGUAAACUCAGCGUACCUGAAAACCCCGAAUUUUCGCCAGAAAGCACCCUUGUUGUGGAAGAGGAUGAGCAACAGGAUGAGGCACCCAAGGAGAGCGUACCGAACGCCCUUGAGCCAACCGCAAAGCCUUCACUCCACGUCGACCUCGGGAGCUACCGUCCGGAAGUCAGGGGCGGUGUAUGGUUCGUCUCUGGGGUUGAUCUCGAGCUCAUUUCGACUGGGUGUGGUGUGCUCGGCACCGGUGGCGGAGGUCCCACCCACCACGAGUUUCUUAAGAGUCUCCACGCUCUACGGACGAGCGAGUCUGGCAAGAUGAGAAUCAUUUCCCCGAAGGCAUUGAAGGAUACGGAUACUGUGUGUUUCGGUUCGUGGUACGGCACGCCGAGCGUCAUCAAUGAGAGAAUUGCGGGAGGCAGCGAGAUCCCCGACGGCAUCGACGCUGUAACCAAGAUUCUGGGGAACACACCUAUCGACGGGGUAUUCAUCGACGAGAUCGGUGGUGGAAAUGGUCUGAGCGCGUUCCCAACGGGAGUCCAUUACGAUAUUCCAGUCGUGGACGGGGAUGCCAUGGGCAGAGCGUAUCCGACUAUGUACCAAGCCACGCUGAGUGUAUAUGGUCACCCUCUGACUCCUUGCGCUCUGUCAGAUGCCAGGGGCAACGUUUCCGUUGUCAUGAACUCCGACACUCCUGUUCGUCUGGAGCGCUUCUUGCGCACAGCAGCCAUCGAACUGGGCCUGGGAUGUGCCGUCUGCGCCAGGCCACUGUCUGGUUCAGCUAUCAAGUCCCACGGCGUGCCCAACACGCUAUCUCAAGCUUGGCACCUCGGACGCGCUGUCCACAUGGCAAGGAGGAAGAAGUCGAGUUAUGUCGAUGCCAUUUUCGACGUCUGUGCUGGCAAGCUCCUUUUCACUGGCAAAAUCAUUGAUGUGAGGCGAUACGUGGGUGGCGGUUACACAAUGGGCGGUGUCCUCAUCGCCCCCCUCGCCAACGAAGACCGAGACUCAAAGGCCCAAAAUGCCACUAUAUCCGACAAGCACAUGCUCGUCCCCUUCCAAAACGAGUAUCUUUAUGCCUCACUCACCGAUGCGGAAGGCUCAGAGAGCAGUGGAGAGGUUAUUUGCACGGUUCCGGAUCUCAUCUCAAUUCUUGGGCAGGAUGGGGAAGCCAUCGGCUCCCAGGAUCUUCGUUACGGUCUGCGUGUUGAUGUUAUCGCCCUGCCAGCCCACCCUCUCUGGUGUACGGAGGAGGGAAUGCUGGUUGGGGGGCCGAGGGCGUUUGGUUUGGAUAUGCCCUUUGUCGGAGUUGGAGAGUACACAGAGCCAAGGAGUGUAAUCGAUGAGUUCGGCGUGUAAGCUUCAAAGCAUCAAACUGGAGGAAAGAACCCGGUACGAGGGCAGCAUGCAUGCAUCUAAUGGGUAGAAAUUACAUUCACAAACAUAGAAACACGAAGCAAGUCAUGUCAUACAGUGGACGUCUCCCU